AUGACUGAAAAUUAUUUUCAAAACAAGACCGUAUGUGUUACAGGGGCUGGACGAGGUAUUGGUCAAUCAUUGACUUUAAAACUUGCUAAACUUGGUGCUAAAGUAAUUGCUGUUAGUAAAACAAAUGAGCAUUUGAAAGAAUUGAUUGCACAAGACAACAGUAUUACUCCGGUAUGUGUGGAUUUAGCGGAUUGGAACGCAACAAAAGAAGCUAUCAAACCACAUCUACCUAUUCAAUUAUUGGUGAAUAAUGCUGCUGUUGCUAUUCUUGAUUCAUUUCUAGAUGUCAAACCGGAAGAUUUCGAUACAUUAUUUAAUGUCAAUGUUCGAUCGAUUAUUUGUAUUAGUCAGGAAAUUGCACGUGAUUUAAUCGAACGUAAAUUACCUGGAUCGAUUGUUAAUCUAUCAAGUCAAGCUUCGGCAGCAGCUCUCAAAGACCAUAGUGUCUAUUGUUCAACAAAAGCAGCUGUUGAUGGUUUGACACGUGUUAUGGCAUUAGAACUAGGUCCACAUCAAAUUCGAGUCAAUACUGUACAACCAACAGUUGUGUUAACUGAUAUGGGUCGAAUUGGUUGGUCUGACGAAAAGAAAGCUGCAGGAAUGUUAUCGAAAAUUCCAUUAAAUAGAUUUGCAGAAGUAGAAGAUGUUGUUGAUCCAAUUAUCUUUUUACUCUCGGAUAAAUCUCAAAUGAUUAAUGGCGUUGCCUUACCCAUAGAUGGUGGGUUUUUGGCUACAUAA